CACAUCUGAAGUCCUCCGUCCCGCAAACUCCUCCCACGCACACUCCACAAAAUAUGCCGCCCCGUAUAGCGCGUAGCUCGCUCCCCAGCGGUGCCAGCACGAAGUCCAAGGGCCGCGCAGCCGGUACGCGCAACAGCGCAAAAGCCUCGAAGCGCGCACUAAACGCUUUCGCAAUCGCGCAGUUCGACAACCCCGAGCAGACCAAGAUCCGUAAGAACCGCCUCGGCGAACUCGACCCCUCGUUCCACAAGAAGCGCGCGCGCGACGACGAGCUCGGGUCUGACGACGAGGACGAGGACGGCGAUGGCGGGGCGCUGCGCAAGAAGGCGAAAAGACGGGAUGCGGAUGAGAGCUAUGAUGAGGGGAGUGAUAGUGAGGGGAACACGUGGACCAUGGGACACGUGGAUGAGGAUGAUGAUGAGGACAUUGACUCUGACGAGGCGUUUGGGGAGAGCGACGAGGAGCGGUUUGAGGGGUUUAGUUUCCGCGGGAGUAGCACGCAGGGCAAGAAGCUGAAAGUCAAGAAGGGAAAGGUUGUUGAUGAGGGGCGUGACGUGGAUAUGGAUGAGUCUGACGAAGAAGCCGAGGGUGAUGAUGAGUUUGGGGACGAGGGGAUUGAUCUUGCGACUGCGCUGGAUCAGUAUGAGGAGGACGAGAGAGAGGAGAGAGAGGAGAAAAAGAGGGAGAAGAAGCAGAAGGGCGGCUAUGGUAGUGAGAGUGAGGAGCCGAGUGAGGGCGAGGAUGUGGCGAGCGACGGGGCAAGUGAUUUGUCCAGCGACGAUGAUGAGGAUGAGGAAGACCGUCAGGCACAGCUCAAAGAUCUGAUCUCAUCGCUUGCCACAGGGGGGGAGGACAAGUCGCGAGGCAAGAGGGUCGAGGUGCACGAGUCUGCUGCGCCCGACGAGUUCGGCGUCUCGAGGAAAGUCGAUCUCCUGAGCAUGAAGCCUAAGGCUGGCGAUGCGGAGAAGAAGAAAGCGCUCAAGCUGCUCAGCGACGACAAGAACUCAAAGCGGAAUGACAUUGCGCGAAAGCUAGAAGCACCCCUACCAAAGCGACAACAAGAUAAGCUCGACCGCGCAGCAGCCAACGCCAAAGCCAAUGAGACCCUCGACCGCUGGACCGACACCAUCAAGCAGAAUCGCCGCGCCGAGCACCUGUCCUUCCCGCUGCAGCACAAAGAUUCUGGUAAGGCUAUGGGUGAAGACCGUCUGCUGCCCACCACCACAGCUGUGCCCGCAAACGACCUGGAAAGCACCAUCCAGUCUAUUCUCCAGCAGAGCGGGUUGUCUAACGGCAAGGACGAUGAAGAGCAGAUCCAGAAGUGGGAGAUCCUGCAGACUAAUAAGCUCCCCAUUGAAGAAGUCGAAAGACGCCGGGCACAACUGCGGAUGGAGCGUGAGCUGCUCUUCCGUGAAGAAGUCCGCGCCAAGCGAAUCAAGAAAAUAAAGAGUAAGGCCUACCGCCGCGUGCACCGCAAGGAGCGCGAAAGGCUACUUGAAAAGGAGCGUGAGCAGCUCAAGGCCGAUGGCGUCGAUCUCUCGGAAGAGGAGCGCGAGCACAACGACCGCCGCCGGGCAGAGGAGCGCAUGGGUGCUAAGCAUCGCGAGGGCAAGUGGGCCAAGGGCAUUAAGGCAACUGGUCGUGCGGCCUGGGACCAGGAUGCGCUUGCGGGUGUCAGUGAGAUGGCGCGACGCAAUGAGGAGUUGCGACGACGCAUCGAGGGCAAGCUGGUUCUCGACUCCGACGACGAGGGCUCUGACGUGCCCAGCGAAGAGAAUGACAGUGAAGACGAUUCAGACGCGGAUGAAGAGGACCUUCUGCAGCGUCAGCUUGGACAGCUGGAGAAUCCGUUCUCGCACAAGGGGUCGAAGCUGGGCCAGAUGGCAUUCAUGCAGAAGGCUGAAGCCGCGAAGCGCGCAGAGAACAACGAGGCGAUCAAAUCCAUGCGCCGCGACCUAGCUGGGGAGGACAGUCAAGACGAAGUUGGCGAGAACGCUACACGCGUUGGUCGCCGCCAGUACGGACCAGGCAAGGUCGCCCUAACAGCUAUCCCCGUCAAAGCCAGCGAGUUCGAAGAGCACACUAGCUCUGACGAGGAGGGCGAAGAUGCUGUCACUAACGGGCUGUCGAACGGCACGCGCAAGAAUGAGAAGCCGAAGAACCCCUUCUCAACAGGUCUUUCGAACGGCACACGCAAGACAAAUGAGAGUGGGAACGCGAACUCCGCCGCUGAGCAUGAGGCCGAUGCACCAAAUCCCUUCCUCGCGAAGGCCGCCAAAGCAAAGAAGAGCAAGGACACGUCUGCUGACAACGACCUCCUUCCCUUCACCGACUUCGCCUCAGACGACGAAUCCGCACCCGCACCGUCAGCAUCCAAGUCCUCUGCGCCCAAGGAGACAGUCGAUGACUUCCUCCAGCAACGAGUCACCACGGCUGACGACGACGGCUGGGCCACCGUUCUCGGCGGCCAGGACUCCGACGAUGAGCACCUCUCCGACGAAGCCGACGACCUCGAUCUCGCCCAGCUAUCCCGUAACCACCUACUCACCGCCAAGGGGUUCGCGGGUGACAACGUAGAAGCCGACUUCAAGCUCGAAAAAGAAGACAUCACCAAAGACGAAGCCUCAAAAGAAACAACAGAUUUUCUCCCCGGCUGGGGCGCGUGGGCCGGCGACGGCAUGUCCAAACGCGAACGCCGCCAGAACCGCGGCUGGAAGACCACAACGCAAGCCGCCGGCAUCGACGCCAACAAGCGCAAAGACAGGAAGUUGGAGAGGGUGAUCAUCAAUGAGAAGACGGUUAAGCCGAACAAGAAGUAUCUGGCUGGCCAGCUGCCGUUUCCGUUUGAGAGCAGGGAGCAGUAUGAGAGAAGUCUGCGCCUGCCGAAGGGCAGGGAAUGGACUACGAAGAAGACUCAUCAGGAUGCGGUGCUGCCGAGGGUGCUGGUUAAGGGGGGUGUUAUUGCGCCUAUGCGGAAGCCUUUGGUAUAGGCGACUACGGUCAGCCAAUGAAGAGAGGGCCACACGGAGAAGAAAAGGAUGCAUUGUGUGGCGUUUCUUUGGGUGUUGGACAAACGUACCUUGAUGGGCAUAGGUUUAGAGCGAAAGGUGCUCGAAUGGGAAGUUGUUGUUUCGCAAGCUGCGCUGCCAUUCGAAUCGUCGACCUCGGAUCUUGUGAUCAUGUACGACCGGAUUUAUCGCUACACCUGGACUGCGGGUGCGACCUCUGGCGAAUCUUGGAGGAUGGUACACUAGUCAAGUCUCGAGUUGCGCUAAAUCGAUAUUUCCUCAUAUGAAAACACAACGUCUGG